AUGCCCGACCCCGUCGUUGUCCAAGAGCCGCACCGCAACCGAUUCACCUUCACAGUACCAGGCCACCCCGAGCCGGCCGUCCUGGAAUACGAGAUUAUCGACGAUGACGGGCAUCCGCUCUACAACCUCACCCACACCUACGUCCCGCCUCAAAUCCGAGGUAAAGGAAUCGCCGCAAAACUCGUCAAGUUCGCCUGUGCUCAUGCUCGUGCAGCCGGUGCGAAAGUCCUCCCCACCUGCUCCUAUAUUCCUAUCUACCUGAACAAGAAUAUGUCAGAAUAUGACGUUGUCAAGGAGCGCUAAGUCGCCCAAUUCUCUCGUCCCGUACACUAGUUUCAGUUGCGUUUUGACGUAGCGUCUAGUCCAUCUUAUCCUCAUUUUCUGUUGUACAGUAAAUGGGUUUGUGUCCCACUGUUCUUGUCUA